CAAACCAAACAGCCCACAUAUGAACCAUUUGGCGCUACCGCGAUGAACCCCAUAGAGAUGAUGACCCCCGGGUCCUUUACCGACGCUACGACACCUCCUGUUGACGCUACCACUAUGAACCCAAUGGAGAUGAUGACGCCCAAGUCGUUUACCGGUGGAGAGAGUCCUUCUAUGGCCUCCAUCAAGGAAGAGCCUUCAACACCCUCAUCAGACUCAACUUCCCAGAAGAAGCCCACCAAGAAGCGCAAGUCCUGGGGUCAGGUCCUCCCUGAGCCCAAGACAAACCUCCCUCCUAGGAAACGGGCCAAGACCGAAGAUGAAAAGGAGCAGCGUCGUGUCGAGCGUGUUCUCCGUAACCGCCGCGCCGCCCAGUCUUCCCGUGAACGCAAGAGGCUCGAGUCCGAAGCCCUCAUGAAGAGGAACAAGGAGCUCGAGAACCAGCUUGGCGAGCUUCAGAGGACCAACAUGUUGCUCGCCAACGAGCUUGCCCAGUACCGACGCACCUAUGGAAUUGUCACUCGAUCUUCCUCUCCCCUGGACUCCCUUCGAGAGAACGCUGUUACCCUGUCACCAGAGCUCUUUGGCUCCCAGAACGCCACUGGCAUGGUCGAUGUCAUGACACCCCCACACGCCACUGUCAACCCUGCGUCUCUCUCCCCCAGCCUUUCUCCGGUAACCGACUCUGCCGCGACCCCCGUGAAGGAGGAGCCGUCUAUGGAUGUGACUACCUUGUCACAUGUCGGCGGAGAUGCUAAGGUCGUUCCAGAAGUCGCUAACCUUGACGGCGCCAACAUCGGGUUGGCUCCGGCAGCUUCGGAUGAUGUCGCUUUUAGCCUCGGUGAUUCUUACGACUCUUCCUCUGACGCUGACCGAUUCGUCCUCGAAAACGGUCUCGUCAAGAACGGUCUCUUCGAUUCUCCUUGCUCUUCAAACCUCAGCGAGGACUACCUCCUCGACUACCCCUCUCCUUCGUCCAACAUCUACGACGACUUCGACAUUAGCCAGUUCUUCGUCGACGACGCAACCACGGCCGCUUCGGAACCUCUGUCAUCUUGUGACUUCUCCGCUGCGAACCAUGCCCUCGAGCCCAAGGUCCAUGACCUUGUGUCUCCAGUCUCUUAG